UGCACUUUUCAUAUGAUAGCUGAAGUUUUUUAGAAGAAACUAUUUGAGUGAUAGUAUCUGUAAGCAGAAUCAGGAUAAUUUGGCUGGAGGAUUCAUUGAACUUCUAGAUAUAGUUCACUUUUUUAAGGCACUAUUUCCUUACAUCUGCAGACAAAAUGUGUACAGGAGCGUGUUCUAAGUUUAUUGCUGUCCCUCUAUACCCCCUGGCUUUAGUGUCAAUUAUCUGCAACAUCAUGCUCUUCUUCCCUGACUUCACAACAGACUAUGCAGAAAUCGAUAGGGAAGGAGUGAACACGAUCACUCAAGAAGUCAAGUAUAUGGGAGGCGUGAUAGGAGGAGGAAUCAUGGUCCUUAUUCCUGCCAUACACAUUCAUCUGACCAGUGCAGACAAGUGUUGUGCCAACCGCUGUGGGAUGUUCCUGUCUAUUGGAUUUGCAGCUAUUGGUGUGGUAGGGGCUCUGUAUAGUCUCAGUGUUGCUGCUGUUGGUCUUGCUAAUGGGCCAUUGUGCUUUUGGAGAAAUGAAGAGAACCCCAUUCCACAGUGGGGAACACCCUUUCAUAACAGUACUGGGAGCUACCUGAAUGACAGGGAGAUGUGGAAGUGGUGUGUCUUGCCAGAGAAUGUGGUUGAAUUCAACGUGGCGCUGUUCUCCACUUUGCUAGUAGCAGCAUGCGUGGAGCUUGUCCUCUGUUGCAUCCAGAUGGUUAAUGGACUGUUUGGAUGUCUCUGUGGCACCUGCUCCGGCGAGGACUAAGCUAAACUACAAGACAUAAUGACUUCUUGAAGAAGACCUGAGAAGGAUCAUCAUCGCUUUCAAGUCUGUCAUCAUCAUUUUCACCAUUAUAAUCUGCUGUAGUGAGGUGAUAGAAUGGGUGUGAUGUGCCAUUAACAGAGAUCCCACUUUUUCUUGCUCUGAACAAGAGGAAUGACUGUGUCUGCUGAUGAAUAUUGCUUUCUUAAUUAUUUUAUCUCUCUGAUUACAGAUCGUA